UUAGUCAUCGUGGAUCAGUAGGCACUACAAUAUACCUUAAAACACACAGCCGCGCAAUUACAAUAAGAAUGCAAUUAAUUGAAUAAUUAAUCUAUUAUAAAUAGAUUUUAGUUUUAAUUGAUUGCAUAAAUUGUGAAUAAUUUGAUUCUUUUGUGUUCAUUUAAAGUAGCUUAAUUGUAGUCUGUGAGCGUGAAAUUUUGUAUCCAUUUUUUUAUAUGCAAAGUUCUUGCCAUAAAUUCUUCAAAUCUCGUGAUUUUAGGAGAAUGUCAUAGAUUUUUAUGCAACUGAACAGUUUUAGUUGAAGGGUUUUUAGUUCCUCUGUUUCUUUUAUGUGGAACGACAAAUAAAUGAUGGAUUGUCACGAAAAUCAACUGCCAAUGCUACUAUGUCAUUGCUGUGAUCAUAUUACAAAUCAAUUCUCUCGUAUGGAUUUUAAGCACAAAUCACCCCCGCCUAAUAAUGGUAAUUAUUCGGAAAAUAUUUAUCGUUCUCCGUACAAUAAUGAAUCAAUGCUCCAUCAUAUUAACUCCAUACCGAAAGAACAUUAUCAGCAGCAGCAGCAACAGCAGCAUAUGAGCGUAUACGAUUAUAAUAAUAGCAGUAGUCAGCACAAGAACAUGCAAAAUAUCUUCACAAAUCGCCAUUAUUCACAUCGUUCGCCCACCUCUGUGAGAAUGAGACGAAGAUGUCGAAGCGAGUGUUUAUCACCUGUCAGAAGUCCUCAGUAUCAUGAACGAUAUAGCAGUAGUCCAAGAAAUAACCAAAUUAAUAAUGGAUAUUAUCAGAAUAUGUGGCCAGUUCAUCGACAGAUUGAGCAUGAUCGUCAAUCAAAUAAUUAUGACUAUAUUCCGCAACAUCAGACGAGUAAGCACCGGCAACAUCAACAGCAGCAACAUGAUCAUGAUAUACAAGGGAUUAAUGGCUACAAAUAUCGUUUUGAUAAUUUAUUAGUUGAUGGAAAAAGUGUUCAUAUAGAAACAGUCGAUGCCAAUGAUGAGAUGGGAUAUUUAGCCUGGAAUGAACGUCGUCGAUUAAGGGCACGUAGCGAGUCAGCAUCUCAGGACUAUUAUUAUCGUGAAGUGUAUUGUGAUGAUUUACAGGAUGUUCGGGUGAAAAGAACUCGCGAAAUUCUUAAAGAAAAACGCUCAUCAUCGCAACGUAAUGUGACUAAUCCAAAAAGUAAUUUUAGUGUUUUAGUAAAUAACUCAAGUCACUACCGUUAUUCACCUAAAUCGAAAAUUCGUAGCCAUCACAUUAGCCAUAAGAGUGGUUUAAUUCGCGUCUCAUCUCCUUUACACAAAGCUCGCUUACAAAUGUGGAAGAAUCAACAAAAUUCUGGAAGUUCGUCUGUUCACUCAACAGAAUCGACUUCAAACGGAGAUGUUGAAUCGCCACAACAAGACGUUGACGAGAUUGAGGAUGAUGAGGAUGACGAAGAUCCACCAAUUUUAUAUGCGCCAGGUAAUCAACUUAUUGAUGAAGAUAUGACGGAUCCAGAAGAUAAUUACGAGUCAUCGCUGUCAGUUAGUAGCUCGGAUCGUUCCUCAGCCAUUAACAAUGCAAAAACUCCGACUGCAAUAAAUACCGAAUGUGUUCAAGGUGGUCGUGUCUUACAGGAGCCAUUUGCUGCAUCACUCUUUCCAUAUGUACCUCCAUUCAUUACUUUUGCAUCAUUUGAAGAAAAGGGACCAGACCUACCACCUGCCAUACAUAAAAUAUUAAAGUGGAAGUUAACAACCAUCACGCCAUUAUUAGUGCGAAAAGUCCUCCUUAACACAGGCUUUCGAUUAAUGAAAACUCCGGAUAUGGAUAAAUCUACAGAUGAAAAAUAUGAAUCUCUUUCAGAACCAAACGAUUGGGUUGGAACGUGGGGAAAGCAUAUGAAAUCGCCAUGCUUUAAGACUUUACAUUCAUAUCAGAAAUUUAAUCACUUGCCUGGAAGUUUUCAAAUUGGACGCAAAGAUCGUUGUUGGAGGAACUUACAAACGCUCAUGUCACGUCAUGGGAAGAAAGAAUUUGGAUUUAUGCCACGGACUUUUAUCAUUCCUCAAGAUCUUAAUAUGUUAAGACAAACAUGGCACAAAUAUAGUCAAAAAAAUACAAAAUGGAUUAUUAAACCACCAGCAUCAGCGCGAGGAACUGGCAUUCGUGUCGUGAAUAGUUGGUCGCAAAUACCAAAACGAAAACCUUUAAUUGUACAACGAUAUAUUGAACGUCCAUUAUUGAUAAAUGGAAGUAAAUUUGAUUUAAGAUUAUAUGUACUCGUGACAUCAUUAAAUCCAUUACGCGUUUAUAUGCAUACGGAUGGAUUAGCACGCUUUGCAUCAGUUAAAUAUAGCGAGAGAACUGAAACGCUCAAUGAUCGCUAUAUGCAUUUGACAAAUUAUUCCAUAAAUAAGCUAUCUACAAGCUAUGAUAAAAAUGAUGAUGCAAAUGCAUGCAAAGGUAUGAAAUGGACAAUAAAAUCUCUUUGGUCGUACCUUCAACAAAGAGGAAUUAACACGGAACGGUUGUGGGGAGCAUUAAGAAAUCUUGUUUUACGUACAAUAUUGGCUGGUGAAGGUCCAAUUAAUAGUAUGAUGAAAACAAAUCUUCAGAACAAAUAUAAUGCCUUUGAAUUAUUUGGUAUUGAUGUUCUCCUUGAUUCUGAGUUGGUUCCUUGGUUAUUAGAAGUUAACAUUUCGCCGUCGCUUCAUUCUUCAUCUGGACUUGAUAUGGCUGUGAAAGGACCUUUAGUGACUGCUUUAUUAAAUACUGCUAUGUAUCAGAUUCCACCAAAGAUCCCAGUAGCAACACAAAGUGAUUUAUCGCGAGAACUCAACGUGAAAAUGCCACUUUGUUAUGAUAAGAGAAUUUAUGUGACAACGCUUUCCAAAGACGAAAGACAAAAGCACCAUCACUUUACACAAAAGACAAUACAAAGAGAGGAUUACUUGCCAACAAUUUUAGAAAAUUUAACACCAGAUGACUUGCGUUGUCUCAUAUUAACCGAAGAUGAAUUAAACCGCUGCCAUCCACUUGAGAGAAUUUUCCCAGCACCAAAUAGCUACAAAUACUUGAAUUUCACCGAUCAGCCGAGAUAUUAUAAUCAUCUUAUAGAUGCGUGGGAACAUCGAUAUAGCAAGAAACGCGAUAGCGGAAUUGCAUUAUUGAGAACUCUGUGUUGGAAACGAAUGCAUUUGAAAGUACCACCGACAACAAUUCAUAAGGAUUGCGACGAUAAUAAAGAAUUAACAAAAAUUGCAGAAGUAGCAACAAGUGAGGAAGUCGUUAGUUCCAUGUCUGUAGAUACUCCAGAACCUGUUACAAAGUCAAGCUCUGACCUCUCGUGCUUAUCAACGGCAACUGAUGAAAUUGAGAUAGAUUCUAAUGAAAAUAAGGAUACGUCAAAUUUAGCUGAUAUUCAGGCAGCAUCGCCGAAAAAAGACAUUUCAGAGAAUGGAAAGUGUUUUAGCAGCAUUAUGAAUUGUUUGCCUAUAACUUCUGAUAGUGAAAUUAUACUAGUGAAACAAUAGAGUUGCUGAAGAUCUAAGGAAGAAGCUCACUUUUCCUCAAACUUUUUUUAAAUUUAUAUUUUUGUAGCCUCAAAUGAAACUUUUUACUCUUCUUUCAUUGUUAUUAAUUUUUUGUAUAAAUUUCUUAAUUUUCUGAAUUCAACAUAUUAUAAAGUAUCAAGCCGUAAAAUUUACUUUGCACGUUUAAUUAUUUUUAUUAUAAUUAAUAAACACGCUUAGACCUAAUUUAAGCUAUGAGUUAAUUUCAUUAUAUUUUCGAUACAUAAGAUG